CACAAUGCAAAAAUUGCACAAAAAUUGGGGCGGGGCAAAGGAGCUACAGUUGCGCAAGAGAGUUGGUUGCCGAAGUUUCUGCUUAAAGUUUGGAAGACCCGGUGCGUUUUCCUCAGUCUGCAGGGAAGGGGGAAUGCUCUGGGAGAAGUACGUUUUCAAACGUCUGUGAUUCUGGAAGGCGGGCGUCAUGGAGUUCUUUUCACCAGUAGUAUUGGCCGUCCUGGGAAGCUGUGUUCUUUUCUUAUUCUUUCGGUGGAAGAAUUUGCGUGGACCCCCGUGCAUCCAGGGCUGGGUGCCCUGGAUAGGAGCGGGAUUUGAGUUUGGGAAAGCCCCUCUUGAAUUUAUAGAAAAAGCAAGAAUCAAGUAUGGACCAAUAUUUACCAUCUUUGCUAUGGGAAACCGAAUGACCUUUGUUACCGAAGAAGAAGGAAUCGAUGUGUUUCUAAAAUCUAAACAUGUAGAUUUUGAACAAGCUGUACAAAAUCCUGUCUAUAACACAGCACGGAUUCCCAAGAGUGUCUUUUUUUCACUGCAUGAAAAACUGUAUGCCUUGAUGAAGGGGAAGAUGGGUACUUUCAGCACACAUCAGUUUACUGGACAGCUGACUGAGGCGUUCCAUGAGCAGCUGGAAGAUUUAGGUGCCUGGGGGAUAGUAGACUUGAACGACUUUGUAAGGCAUCUUCUUUAUCCAGCCACGGUCAAUACUCUCUUUAAGAAAGGCUUGUUUCCCACAGACGAGAGGAAAAUCAAGGAGUUCUACCAGCAUUUUCAAACUUACGAUGAGAGUUUUGAGUAUGGAUCCCAGCUACCGGAAUGGCUCCUGAGAAACUGGUCAAAGUCCAAAAGGUGGCUCCUCAAACUGUUCGAGAAAAACAUUGACGAAAUCAAAGCUCACAAGUCAGUAGCAGACCAUUCCAGGACCCUCAUGCAGGCCGUUCUGGAUGUUGUGGAGACAGAAUCAUGUCAACAUGGUCCAAAUUAUGGACUUUUGAUGCUUUGGGCUUCUCUGGCCAAUGCUGCUCCCAUUGCAUUUUGGACACUAGCAUUUGUUCUGGCCCACCCUGAAGUCCACAAGACCGUUUUAGAAGCCAUAUCUUCUGUGUUCGGCACUACAGGGAAAGAUAAGAUUAAAGUGUCUGACGAUGACUUGAAGAAGCUCCUUCUAAUUAAGUGGUGUGUUCUGGAAGCCAUCCGCUUGAGAGCCCCUGGUAUCAUUACAAGAAAAGUAGUGAAGCCAAUUAAAAUUCUGAGUCAUACGGUUCCUCCUGGUGAUCUAUUGAUGGUGUCUCCGUUCUGGCUACAUAGAAAUCCAAAAUACUUUCCUGAACCUGACUCAUUCAAACCUGAACGCUGGAAAGAGGCAAAUUUAGAUAAGAAUGCUUUCUUGGACGGCUUCAUGGCCUUUGGAGGCGGGAAGUUCCAGUGUCCCGGAAGCAUGGACAUGACUGCCAGGGUCUAUAAAAGGGGAUUAGGGAUGAGAUCAGAUGGUGGGUGGUUUGCUCUGCUAGAGAUCCAAAUAUGUAUUAUUUUAGUGCUUUAUAAAUAUGACUGCAGCCUUCUGGACCCAUUACCAAAGCAGAGUUGUCUGCAUUUGGUGGGUGUCCCCCAGCCAGAAGGGAGAUGCCGAAUCGAAUAUAAACAAAGAACAUGAUGUCCGUCGGGGCUCAAGAGGGUCAGAACCUUCUGGAAAAGUGAAGCUACCCAGCUACUGCCCUCAUAGCAUCCUGACCCGAAGACAUCCUAGUGACACGCGUGUUUCAGAUCUGAAGACCAUGAGUCUGAUUUCACUGUCAGGAACACAAAGACCCCCAAUUCAAGGUUUAGAGAAAGGGUUCGAAUGAUUUUUUUUUAAAGUUGAUAAAAAGUUGGAAUUUGGCUUCAUAUAUAACCAUAUCAAACUUCAAGUAGAAAUGUCAUUUGAAUGGAAAUAUUGGUACAUUAAAUUCACUGUGAAGGCGACAUACUUAAAAUUCUAUUUUACAAAAAAAGGAAAGAAGGAAGGAAAGAAAGAAAAGAAAAGAAAAGUUUUAGACACCGAAAAAUUAAAUAAUGACUUCUAGGCAUUUUCUAUUUUUAAAAAUGAUUCUAACUAGAAGUUGGAAAUCUUAGGCUUCUUAAUGUCAAACACUGCAGCAGUGCCUCACACUGGGAAGUGUGGAGGAAACGGUGGCUUUAUGACAUGUGUGGGGAUGGGUUCCUGUGCUACCCUCAUCCUGCAUAGACAGCACCAUCUUCUCUGCAGGGGACAAUCAGUGCGCAUAGAUUGUGGUGUCGACUCGUACUUUAAUCAAGGGAGAAGCACUCUUUUGACUCACAGAGUCUUUAAUUAUAGUUCAGCAGCAAAGAUGCAUGGUCUUGCUGCAUCUUGUUAUGCCAUGCUCAGUUGCUAUCUCUGGGAAGCGUGCUCUUUUCUGAAGGGAAAUGGAGGACCCCUGGAUGCGGUGGUGGGGGGGGGUGCUGAGAGGAAACCGGUUGGGAUGGAUGUAUUGCAUGAGAGAUGAAUAAAUAAAAAG